CUCACGCUCUCUGCAUCUUAGCGCUCAUCCGCCGCUGCCUGCGCUCCUCUCGAUCUCGCUGUCUCUCGCCCCCCUUUACCUCUCUCUCCCACUCCCCUCUCUCGAGCUCUCAUAUACACACAGACACACACAUAGACGCACAACCAUAGACACAGACACAAACACUCUUCAACUCUCUUACGCACACACUCUCGAACACAGUCAGAUACAGCAUACCUGUGCAGGCUGGGGGAAGCAGUUCUGGAGGGGCUUUUCACCGUUCUCUCUGAGGGUGCUCUGCUGUCAUUUUGGGGGAGAAGCGGGUCUCAAUUGUUUCCUAUUUCCUCUUCCUCUUCUCAUUCCUGGAAUGCUAAAACUGGACUGAUGGACAUUUCAGAACUUUGUCUGCCAGACCCUCUCAGCUAUCAUAACCAGGCUUCGUUGUCCAAUUCAUUAGGGCGAUUACUCAGUCCACUGGCUACACUGGAGCCCUCACAUUUCUGGCUGCUGAAUAGAAUGGCUGUUGAUGACCGGCACCUUCCCUCCAGCUGCGGGUCCUACAUCAAGACGGAACCGUCCAGCCCCUCCUCGGUCAUCGACACGGUCAGCCACCACAGCCCUAGCGGCAACUCGGACGCCAGCGGCGGCUAUGUCAGCGCCAUGAACAGCCACUCCAACGGCCUGGACUCUCCCCCUAUGUUUACGCCCGGCGGGCUGGGCGCCGGCCCCUGCCGCAAGCGCUACGACGACUGCUCCAGCACCAUCAUGGAGGACUCACCCAUUAAGUGCGAAUACAUGUUGAACUCCAUCCCCAAGAGGCUGUGCCUGGUCUGUGGAGAUAUAGCCUCUGGGUAUCACUACGGCGUGGCCUCAUGUGAGGCCUGCAAAGCCUUCUUUAAAAGGACAAUACAAGGCAACAUAGAAUACAGCUGUCCCGCCACAAACGAGUGUGAGAUCACAAAACGGAGACGCAAGUCAUGUCAAGCCUGCCGCUUUAUGAAGUGUCUCAAAGUGGGGAUGCUCAAGGAAGGUGUGCGUCUGGACCGUGUGCGAGGGGGAAGACAGAAGUACAAGAGAAGGAUGGAUGCGGAGAACACAGCGUACCUGGGCCUCACACUCCCCCCUCCUGCCAAAAAACCCCUCACAAAGAUAGUGUCCCACCUGCUGGUGGCCGAGCCAGAGAAGAUCUACGCCAUGCCUGACCCCACCAUGCCUGAGAGUGACAUCAAGGCCCUCACCACGCUGUGUGACCUGGCUGACCGGGAGCUGGUUGUCAUCAUUGGCUGGGCCAAGCAUAUCCCAGGCUUCUCCACGCUGUCGCUGGGAGACCAGAUGAGUCUACUGCAGAGCGCCUGGAUGGAGAUCCUGAUCCUGAGCAUUGUGUUCCGCUCGCUGCCCUACGAGGACGAGCUGGUGUAUGCAGAGGACUACAUCAUGGACGAAGAACACUCGCGGCUCACGGGCCUGCUCGACCUCUACGUGUCCAUCCUGCAGCUCGUACGCAAGUACAAGAAGCUGAAGGUGGAGAAGGAGGAGUUUGUCACCCUCAAGGCCAUCGCUCUCGCCAACUCAGACUCCAUGCAUAUAGAGGACGUGGAGGCAGUGCAGAAGCUCCAGGAUGCGCUCCAUGAGGCCCUGCAGGACUAUGAGAGCAGCCAGCAUCAGGAGGACCCCCGGCGGGCAGGCAAGCUGCUCAUGACCCUGCCCCUGCUACGUCAGACCGCCACCAAGGCCGUGCAGCACUUUUACAGCAUCAAGGUGCAGGGCAAGGUGCCCAUGCACAAACUCUUCCUGGAGAUGCUGGAAGCCAAGGUCUGAUGGAGGAGCAGGUGAUCCAGACAGAAGGACAUGGAGAGAGGGGACUUAGGACAGGAGAGGAACACCCUGCUGACUGUGACAGGAGACAGACUGACCUCUCUCGCGCUUCGCCCCCUCGAACCCAAGACAUUUAAAAAAAAUAAUAAUAAUAAUAAUAAAGAAGAACAAAUGCAAAACUUGGUUAAAAGUAUAAAUGUAAAAUGAUGCAGAUUAAUUUAAAAUAUAUAAGAAAUACUAUGUACAGUAAUACUUUUGUUUUGUUUAUGGUCUGUGGUCAUACUGUAUGUGAAGGAUCUCCCCCUCUCUCUAUAUCUUCAGAAGGAAUAAUUGCAGGCUCUUAAUUAACAUGGUUUUAUUUCUAGUUAGAAUCUACAGUUGAGGUCUCCAUAUGUGUUCUGAUGACAACACACGUCAACCACUAUGACUCACUUGUUAGACAGUUGUUUCACCUCCUGGACUUGACCAGGACAUGUAUAUAUUUAUUAAUAAUGAUUGGCUGAGUGUACAGUUAUGUCUGGUGAAGCCUACGACCAUUUUCUCUCUUUCUCCUUCUUUGGAAAAAAAUGAAAAGAAAGAACAGAAAGUGUUACCUAAAUGUGAGCUCUACUGAUCUAAAUGUCCUUGAAUAUACCUCUUCAGAGCAGUGAGCUGUGUGAUGUGGAUUGGUCUCAGACAGGAAGAAGAUAAACUGGUCACAUGACAUGUUUAACCAAACUAGCGUAGCCAGGUAGUCAGUCGUCUUAUUCUGUAGUAACUCAGCAAUAAAGGGAGCCGUGCCGUGGACAAGUCAAUGUUAAACCUCCUAUAUCAUCUGCUUCACUACGCUGCUGUCUCUGUCUGUCUGUCUGUCUGUCUGUCUGUCUGUCUGUCUGUCUGUCUGUCUGUCUGUCUGUCUGUCUGUCUGUCGCUAGUAGACCAUGCCCUCCCAUGUGUGUGUGAGUGUGUGUCCUGGCAAUGUACGCACCACUCACCUGUUGCACUGUAGUGUUUCUCCUCUGUAAACCCCACAUUUGGUGAUUGUUCAAGCCGAUGGAAAUUGCCUCUUGGCAACUGAGCGAAUGACCUGAUUUGGGCAGGGUGAAAGAUGAUGAGUGGGUUUGGGGCGGGGGUAUCAAAGGAUUUCUGCCGAGUGGCAGAAGUCCAGAAGAUUCCAUGUUCAAACAAUCAGAGGCCCAUGUGUCAAAUGCUCUAUUUUGGGUCCUUUAAGACCGUGGCAGAGUCCUCCCACACACAGGGAGCAAGGUGUCCAGCAUCUGCUAGCAGCAUUUUAGAAGCUGCCUGUCUUUUUAUAGCUGGGACUGUCUUUAUGGAGCUACAGCCAAACUGAGGUGAAUGGCAGGUGCAGUGCAGUGAUGUGUUGGUAGCUAGCGCUUCACGCUGACUGGGGGUAUUUUUAACCCAGAAGGAGGUUAUUGCUGUAGCUGCCUGCCUGCUCUCUACUGUGCAGCUCUGCCUCCCUCCAGGAGUACAGUAGACACGUGUAACGCUGCUUGACCCCAUGUUGACACAGUAGCUGUGGUGUAACACCUCUCAACAGACCAGGAGACAGACAGGCAUCCUUAAAGACAGCAAAUCACUCCCCAAGGUGCUCCUCUUGUGAGAAGCCAUGCAGGCUACAAAGUGUCAGCAUGUUUCAAAGGGUAGCACCAGUCCCAUGGUGUGUCUGUACAAGGUGUGAUCUCGGUGGGAAAGUGAAGAGAGGGCCUCCAUGCUCCUAGUGUGUAGGUAGGUCGACCUCCAUGUUGCAUGCUGGGCCCUGUAGUUCAGUACUGUAGACUCAUGCUGUUCUUGUUCUGCAUGGGAGAGAAUGGGAUGGGAGGGGGAUGAUUAUACUACUGACGUGAUUAAUGUGAUGUGAUACAUGUUGGUGCUGUCCCAAUAUGAAACUGUGAUCAAAGGAAUCCCUGACAUUGGAGACGGGAUGGUUGCUACUCUGCUUGUGAUAUCAUUGAACAGUGUUAAUCCUGCAGCUCCCUAUUUUACUGCAGCCUGAUUGGUCACUUAAUGGAGGAUGACUACACACCCCAGCACCUAAUAAUCCCAACUUGAACUAGCCGCUGUCUACUUAACAGGCUCCACUUUAGAGGGUGACCAUGUAACUUGAACUAUUUUACUGUUGUGCAAUACAACGGGGACCAAUUCUGACUGAAACCAUGCUGUAAGCAUGCUUUUACCAAGAUUUUGGACAAUUGGAUUCAUAUUUCAAUAUUAUUAAAAAUUAUUCUUAUCAAAAAUAAAUAUCAGAACUAUAUUUUCUUUGCUCUGCUGUAAAAUACAAGCGUUUGUAUGGACAAGUACAGAUGAAACAGAUCAGACAGUUUAGCAGAAAAACUUUACAACAAGCUUUUUGUAGUGAUCCAAAAUUCACACCCAACACAACGUAAACUCCAGGCACCUCCCUUCAAUGCUUUCAUUUGUAUUUAGGCUCCUCUAGAAUGCAAAAUAACAAGUCUUUCAUUCAAACUGGGUCUAUACAGUAGAAUGUGUAUAUAUAUAAAUAUACAGUAUAUCAAUGCCAAUGGUUACUGGACAGUAUACAGUAGGUUGCCGAGUUACAGCAGUUCAAAAUAAAGUACAGCAUGCAGCGUCCUGCUGACUACUACCUCA